CUGUCUCCAGUGAUAUAGAAUACCAAUGCUCACUUCGGAAUCAGGCCCUAUGUCCAAAAUUCCGAACUACCCCUUUAACUAAAUUUACAUCCUGGUUCCAACACGUGGCUAGGUGUGAGGAUGGGAGGGGGCAAGGGGAAAAAAGAACAAUGAGACAAGAACUUCAAUUUAACUGACAAUAGGAAGGGGUUAGGCUCCUUCUUUAAGCAAUGUAAAUAAGGUAGUGUGUGGUAGGGGUGUGUUCAAAAUAUCGAUACGGGGAUACAUCGUCGCGGGCCUCUUUACGAUGCGUGUAUCGAUACGGAGGCGUCAGUAUCGAUACUUCACGUGCAACAAAUCCCUACCGCUAAUCAAAUUCAUGAAACUGCAUGACAUUUGCUCCUUGCUAUGCGCAUUUCGGCCACACAAGGCGGUAGCGCUGUAGAACUAGGCGGCAGCGCUGCUGACAAUAGAAUAAGUGAACUAACAUGGAGGAAGGCAGUAGGGAAAAAAUAUUUUCGCCCCCAGUAAAGUUGAAAGCUCGCGUUUGGGAGCAUUUUGGAUUCCACAAAAAUGAAAAAAAAGAGCUGGACACGACACACGCCGUCUGCAAACAAUGCGGGCAAAAAGUUAAGUACUCUGGCAACACAACAAACCUCCAUCUGCACAUGACGAGGCAUCACGUUGGCAUCUCGGAAACCCCGGUAAAUGCUACAGCCACAGGGACACAAGCUAGUCUGAUGGCGGGGUUGCAAGCUAAAUUCCCUACAACUUCACCAAAGGCGAAGAAAAUCACCGACGCUCUUGUGUCAUACAUAUGUAAGGACUUGCGUCCGUACAGCUCGGUUGAGAAUGAAGGCUUCCGGGCGCUAAUCGCUGAAUGUGAACCUCGCUACACUAUUCCGACUCGUCGCUUCAUCACUGAAACCGCUGUGCCUCGCAUGUAUGAUGAGGUAAAACGACACGUUAUCGAUUCCAUUUCAGAAGCAAGCAGAGUAGCCAUUACGUGUGACGGGUGGACGUCGAGGGCAACCCAGUCUUAUGUUACGCUGACAUGGCACUUCAUUUCUGAAAAUUGGGAAAUGCUUUCCUACGUUCUGCAAACCAGAGUGCUGUUCGGGAGCCACAGCGGCCAUAAUGUGGGCGAGUUGCUGCUCGAAGUCUUUGAGGAGUGGGGCCUUACAGCUAAAGAGCCAGUGUUGGUUACUGACAAUGCCUCAAAUAUGGUCAUUGCAGCAGAGCAUGCCAAACUGCUUCAUGUACGAUGCUUCGCGCAUACAUUGAAUUUGGCUGCCCAACGUGCCCUUAAGACCACAGCAGUUCGGAGGCUGUUAGGAAAGAUUCGCCACAUAGUGACGUUUUUCAGGAAGAGUGCGCUGGCCAGCCAGGUCUUACAGGAAAAACAAAAGCUCCUCAACCUUCCCAAGCACAAACUCAUGAAUGACGUCCCAACCAGGUGGAACAGUGCGUUCGACAUGGUCGAGCGCUUCCUGGAGCAGCAGCCCGCUAUCUGUGCCACAUUGCUGUCAGCUGAAGUGCGCAAGAAUGCCAAGGAGCUGUGGACUAUGUCAGAUACCGACCUCACCAAUGCCGAAGAUGUAGCUAAAACCCUGCGGCCUCUCAAAGUGGCAACACUCGUGAUGUCAGAAGAAAAAACACCCACCGUCUCAAUAAUUGCCCCGUUACAGGCACAGCUGUGUCAGGGCAGUGCUGAGCAACCUGAUGACUCUGGGAUCGUUAAAGAAUUCAAAAGAGCACUGGCACAAGACCUGGGGAAGAGGUAUUCCAACAAAUCCUUCCUUCAGAUGGCUUCAGCUCUGGACCCCCGCUUCAAAGCACUGCCCUUCCUCACAGAGGGUGGAAGAGAUGACAUCUUUGCAGCAGUGGGACGAGAGGCAGCUGAAUUAUCCGAGAGAAAGGCUACUGAGGAGGAGGGUGACCAUGAGCCUGCUGCUGAAGGAGAGCAUGAAGAGCAUGAAGGAGAGCAUGAAGGUCAAACACAACCCCCACCCUGUAAAAAGAGCUGUGCUCUGUCUGAUUUAUUUGGAGAGACAUUCUCAACAGAGUUAGAACAGGCUAGUCAACCCAGUCCCAUCACACAGGCAAUGAUUGAGGUAAACGCAUACAGAGCCACUGAACCAUUAGAGCUUUCAGCUGACCCACUGAAUUGGUGGAGAAAACACGAAGGUGUGUUUCCACUUCUGUCCAAUCUGGCUAGAAACACUCUCUGUGUGCCUGGAACAAGCGUAGCAGCAGAGCGAAUAUUCUCAACUGCUGGUGACAUAGUUACAGCUGAGAGAAGUGUUAUCAAACCAGCCCAUGUAGACCAGCUUUUGUUUUUGAACAAAAACCUGAAAAUAUACCAGAGGAAGUAGGUGGGUAUUAAUAUGUGGAGUACGGCCUUGUUCUUGUGAAGGCUAUGUUUUCUGUCUUUAAGUUUUAUGUUUCUCAAAACUUGAAAGAUGUUUUGCACUACAGUUUUGUUACAGCCAUGUUUCAAGUCAACAAUUUUCAAAGGCAGCUGUAUUUUUACACAACAGCCCUGUUUUUUAAGUUCAUGUUUUAAGUUUAUCACAAACAAUCAUUAUUUUGCCCUAGUCUUGUUAAGGCUAGGUUUUAAGUUUACUUUGACCAAAGGCAGCUUUAUUUUGUACUUCAUGCUUGUUAAAAUCAAUCUCUUUUUGCACUAUGGCUAUGUCUCAAGUUUGCUUAUUUCAAAUGCAGCUUUAAUUUGUACCACAGGCCUGUUAAGGCCAUUUUAAGCCGUGCAAGGUUUAAUGUUUUAAAAUGUUUUACUUGUAUCAAGCAAUCUCUUUUCACACUACGGCCUUGUUGUAAAGGCUAUGUUUUAAGUUUACUUAUUUUUAAAGGCAGCUUUAUUUCUGCACCACUUCCUUGUGAAUGUGUUUACAUGCACUACUAGAGUACUUGUUGGUCUACUGCAAAAUAAAAAUAAACUAUAUUUGGUUACAUAUGUCUGUUUCUUUGUACAGCGUCUACUUGGUUCCUGUGCCUGCCUGCACACUUUGACCCAUCAUCCAGUUGAUGGUAUAAUUUGAAAGCAGAGUCUCUGUAGAAUCCACAUGAGGUGACAAAUAUUUUAUGAUGUACUGUCAAGGAGUUACAGGCAAAAAUGUUGUGUUAUAAGCCUAAAAUAUCGGGAUACGUAUCGUAUACGUACG